AUGGACUCCGACAUCAUGGACGACUCGGUCUUUGGCGACGACGCCAACAAUGACUCAGAUGGCUACUCUCCCGAGGUGAAGCCUAAGGCCAAGGCUGCUCCCAAGAAAGCUGCAUCAAAACCUGCAGCCAAGGCUGCGUCAAAGAAAAUGGUUCAGACUACCCUCAAGACGAGUAAAACGGCUUCUAAGAAACGCUCAAAGCCUGAUAGCGACGAUGAAGACGGCAACGAUGUCUCGGGCUUCUCUAACACGCCUCCGAGUGCAAAGAAGCCGAAGAAGGCUCCUGCCGCUAAGAAGUCUGCUGGCGAGCCUUUGGUCGAGAUUGAGAAUGAUAGCAUGAUGCUAGACAGCCCUAAGCCGGCCAAGAAGAAGACCGCUACCGAGACAUACCAGAAGUUGACCCAACUAGAACAUAUCAUCAAGCGACCUGACACCUACAUCGGCUCCGUCGAGCGCACUGAGCAGCAGAUGUGGGUUUUCAACAAGGAAACUAAUCAGAUGGAACUACGACCCAAGGUCGGCUUCGUUCCUGGCCUCUACAAGAUUUUUGACGAAAUUCUCGUCAACGCUGCAGACAACAAACAGCGCGACACAACUAUGACGUAUAUGAAGGUGACUAUUAACCGCCAAGAAGGUCAGAUUACUGUCGAGAACAACGGAAAGGGUAUCCCAGUAGAGAUCCACGAUAAGGAGAAGGUUUAUAUUCCGGAAUUGGUUUUCGGCCACCUCCUUGCUGGUUCCAACUUUGAUGAUGACGAAAAGAAAACCGUGGGUGGUCGAAACGGUUAUGGUGCCAAGCUCUGUAACGUCUUCAGUACCGAAUUCACUUUGGAGUGUCAGGACUCCAAGAACGGCAAGAGGUAUAAGCAGACGUGGAGAGAUAACAUGGGCAAGAUGGAUAAGGCAAAGAUCACGAGUAGCAAGACUAGCGACUUCGUCCGUGUCACCUUUAAGCCAGACUGGGCAAGAUUUGGCAUGCCUGAAGGCAUCGACGAUGACCUUGAAUCUCUACUCUAUCGUCGAGUCUACGACAUGGCUGGUACAGUUCGCGGCGUCAAAGUUUAUCUUAACGAUACCCACAUUAAGCUAGAUUUCAAGAAGUACUGCGAGAUGUACGCCAAGGCUAUCUCUCGUGAGCGAGGAGACGAGGAGGGUACCGAAUCACCUAGCACUACGGUUAUUCUUGAGGAUAACAAGGUUCAUCGUGGUCGAUGGGAGAUUGGUUUUGCCGUCUCGGACGGCUCCUUUCAGCAAGUCUCCUUCGUGAACUCUAUCGCUACUACCACGGGUGGUACUCAUGUCAACUACAUCUCAGACCAGAUUUGCGAAUCCCUUCUCAAAACACUGAACAAGAAGAAGAAGGGCCAUUCGUUAAAGGCCAAUCACAUCCGUAACCACAUUUUCAUAUUCAUCAACUGCUUAAUCAACAACCCAGCAUUCACUUCACAGACGAAAGAGCAGAUGACUACCAAGACGAGCCAAUUCGGUAGCAAGUGUGCCUUAACUGAUGGAUUCCUCAAGAAGAUUGGUCAGACGGAUGCAAUCAACAACAUCAUUCAAUUCGCGGAAGCAAAGGCUGAUAAGAUGCUUGCCAAGAGCGACGGCAACAAACGAUCAAGGAUUAGCAACGCCAAACUUGUCGAUGCCAACUUGGCUGGUACCAAGAAAGGCCAUGAAUGUACCUUGAUCCUGACUGAAGGUGAUUCCGCCAAGAGUUUGGCCGUCGCCGGCCGUGCCAUCCUGGAUCCCGAUCGCAUUGGUGUUUUCCCCCUCCGAGGAAAGAUGUUGAACGUCCGCGAUGCUUCGAUUGAUCAGAUAACCAAGAACCAGGAAAUCCAGAACAUCAAGCAAUUCCUAGGAUUGAAGCAUAAGCAGGUUUACACCGAUAACAAGUCUCUUCGGUAUGGACAUCUGAUGAUCAUGGCUGAUCAAGAUCACGAUGGUAGCCAUAUCAAAGGUCUUCUCAUCAAUUUCCUUCAAGUUCAAUACCCUUCGCUUCUCAAGAUUCCAGACUUCUUCCAGGAAUUCAUCACGCCUAUUGUGAAAGUUUGGCAAGGAUCGAAUCCAAAGAAGCCACUCAGGUUGAAGUCAUUUUUUACCCAACCUCAAUACGAAGAAUGGAAGGAGACACACAAGGCCGAAUUGAGAAGAUGGGAGUCAAAGUACUACAAGGGUCUGGGUACCAGUUCGAACGAAGAUGCCCAGGUUUACUUUAAUGAUCUCGACAAUCACCUGAAGCAAUUCGCUACCAUGCAACCAACAGAAGCUGAGCUGUUCGAGCUCGCUUUCUCCAAGAAGAAGGCGGAUGCUCGUAAGGAAUGGCUUGGUAACUUUGUGCCAGGAACUUACUUGGAUCAUUCAACUAAGCAGGUCACAUAUGACGACUUCGUCAACAAAGAAUUGAUUUUGUUUAGUAUGGCUGAUAAUAUGCGAUCCAUUCCCUCGGUUGUUGAUGGCCUCAAACCCGGUCAACGAAAGGUCAUCUACGCUUGCUUGAAGCGAAACCUAGUCAAGGACAAGAAAGUCAUUGAAUUGGCAGGUUAUGUGUCUGAACAGACGGCCUACCAUCACGGCGAAGUAUCUUUGCAGCAGACUAUCAUUGGUCUAGCUCAGAAUUUCGUUGGUUCUAACAACGUCAAUUGUCUCGAACCCAGUGGAAAUUUCGGUUCCCGACUUGCAGGUGGUUCAGAUGCCGCCAGCGCUCGAUACAUCCAUACACGUCUGUCCCCAUUCGCCCGGCGCGUCUUCUCUCCCCUAGAUGAACCCAUCUUAGAUAGUCUUGUCGAAGAUGGAAAGACUAUCGAGCCGAAAGUCUAUGUACCAGUUAUUCCUAUGGUUUUGGUAAACGGUGCAGACGGUAUCGGCACAGGUUGGAGCACAUCAAUACCAAAUUACCACCCAGCAGAUAUUAUCAGGAAUCUGAAACGGCGCAUGGGCCGUUUAGAUGGCCCAGAAGAAAAACCCUUUGAGACAAUGACUCCUUGGUUCCGAGGUUGGAAGGGUAACCCACAAGUCGCUGAGAACAACCGUUACCAGUUCAAUGGUAUUGCGUAUCAAGACGAAAAGAAGCCCAAUGAGGUCAUCAUUACCGAAUUGCCCAUCCGUAUGUGGACUGAUGACUUCAAAGCGAAACUCGAAGAUAUAAUCCGAGGUGAAAAGACUCCCUCUUUUAUCAAAGAUUACAAGGAAUUCAAUGACCACAAGAACGUCCAUUUCGAGAUUCAAAUGGACGAAAAACAUAUGAAUUCAGCCUUGACGGAAGGUCUACUUGAGAAGUUCAAACUGGUCAAGCAAGUUGCAACAUCCAAUUUAGUUGCAUUCGACACUCGUGGCAUGAUCCGCAAAUAUGAAAAGGUAGAGGAUAUUCUCGAGGAGUUUUAUCAGUACCGACUGGAGUUCUAUGUCAGCCGUAAGGCUCAUUGGCUUGGUGUCUACGACGCGGACUUCCGCAAAUUAAAGAAUCAGGCUAGAUUUAUCAAAGAGAUUAUGGAUGGCGAAUUGGUGGUAUCUCGCAAGAAGAAGACUGUUAUCAUCGAGGAGCUUCGUGAGCGAAAGUACGAAGGGUUUCCAAAAGGCCAAGAGAAAAAGACGAAAUCAGAGGAUGAUGAAGAUAACGUAAACGAAGGUGAUGAAGAAGAAGUGGAUGGCCCUGCAAACGCUUACGAUUAUCUUCUCUCCAUGCCCAUCUGGUCGCUCACCCAAGAACGCCUUGAUCGCCUUAAGGAUCAAAUCGCUAAGAAAAAGGCCGAGUAUGAUCACCUCAAGGCGCUGAGUGAGUUGGAUCUAUGGUGCAAGGAUCUUGAUGAAUUUGAGGCCGAGUGGGAAAACCAAAUACGCCUGGACGCCGAAAUAACGACGGGCAUCCGUAGAAUGGGCCGCCGUGUAUCAAAGAAGAUCGGUGCCGGUGUUGGUACCGGACGCGGUCGCAAGCCAAAGGGUGACGAUGACUAUGCCCCAGUCGCCAAGUCAAAACCAGGCCCUAAAGCAGCCGCGAAGCCGAAAGAACCGCCAAAAGAGAAAUCCGUCCAACGUUUCGCUGCUAUGUUCAACAGCCAGCCCAAAGUAAAGAAGGAGAGCAUUGAUGCAGCGGACUCUGACUCCGACUCGUUCUCGGAUGGUGAUUUUGCCAAGUUAAAAAAGAAUCCGGCCAAGAAGGAAAAGCCCGUUAGCGAAGACGAGGACGAGUCGAUUCUGCCCAAUCCUCGAAGCAAGCGUGCUGCAGCUACAAAAGCUAAAACAUGGAUCGUAGACGAUGACUCAGAAAGCGAUGACGACAAGAUGCUCGGUGAUGUUGGCGAUUUGGUCAAAGGCAUCACUAGCGGCGGCGGCAGCGGCGGCACAUCCGAGAAUAAGACUGGUAGGCUUAGUUUGUUCUCCAUGUCACGACCGGAAAGCAGCAGCGGCAAUAGCACCGGUUUGCAGGUCAAAAGCAAGCCCUCGAAACCCUUAGACCUAGACGAUCAUGACGAUACGAACUAUGAGAUGUUAGCUAAGUCCUCACCUCAUAAGAAUGCUCGUGGGGAUGAGUUGGACAGCUUCCUCUCUGACGACGACGAUUUGCCUCCCGUUUCCAAGGUUGUGAGAAGGACUAAGGCCCAAUCUACCUUGUCAGAAGAUCCUAAGCCUAAGUCGGUGGCUGCCACCGCCAGCAGCGCAGGUGGAGCUGCAGUCAAGAAAGCUCGUGGCCGGCCUGCUGGGGCAAAGAGCAAAGACAAGGAGGACGCUCCCCCGAAGAAGGCGGCAGCUCCUAAAGCCAAGGCUAAGGCUAAGGCCAAGCCUGUACAAUUGUCGCCUGCUGCCAAGGCUUAUGCUGCUAAGAAGGCGAAGUCAAAGGACGUCUUCGACAUGGAUGAUGAUGAAGACGACGAUAUCGAGAUGGCUGAACCUGAUUCCCCGCCACCGAGACCUGCGGGCCGCGGCAGACCUGGCCGUGCAGCAGCAGCCAAGGCCAAACCAGUCUAUGUCAUUGACGACGAUGACGAUGACGAUGAACUCGAAGACGCUCCACAAGCCGCCAACGACUCCGACGACUUUGCUAUGGACGAUAGCGAGUAAAUCUUCGACGCACAGAUGUCGUCUAGCUGGGUGAUAUUAUCGAGAAGGGUUUAUUCUUUUCGCAAGUAACGAGUUGGAUGGGUUUGCUUAGAGCUUAGAGCUUGAUGAGAAAUGAAGGCAGCACGGUUGCUAUAUUCUUUGCUGUAAUGGGAUGAAAAUGGGUUUGGGAGGGCGUGAUCGUCGAGUCUGAUGAUCAACCACGAGGCGUUUGCAUUUUUCGUCGGGCGAGACCGCUAAUCGAUGCUAUGCUUCUCUCCUAAUACUUCAUAUGUACAUGUACACCAAAUAGGAAAAAAGACACCUCCGAUGAAAUAAUCUGCAUUUGUGAUA